AUGGCUGCCACAGAGAAGAACGCCCUUGAGCUCGAGAAGGCCUCGAAGCUCAGCAAUGUUCCCAAAGGGGAGCAGUACGAGAGGAUGAUCUCGGGCAUGCUCUACGACUCAUUCGUGCCGGAGCUGGCCUCGGCGCGGUUCGCCGCGCGCGCGUGGAUGCACCAGUACAACAACUACUUCCCCUCAGACCCGGCCGCGGGGUUCGAGUCGCUGGAGAAGGAGCGGCACCAGAUGCUCAGCAAGCGGCUGGGGCGGGUUGGCGGCGAGGUGUUCAUCGAGCCGCCCUUCCAGGUCGACUACGGGUCCAACAUCAGCCUGGGCAACCGCUUCUACGCCAACUUCAACCUGACCAUCCUCGACUGCGCCCUCGUGACCAUCGGGGACCGCGUCAUGGUCGGCCCCAACGUGUCCAUCCUCGCCGCGACGCACGAGGUCGAGGUCGAGAGCCGCCGCGCCAACAUCGAGUUCGCCAGGCCGAUUACUAUCGGGAACGACUGCUGGAUCGGCGGCCACUCCGUCAUCCUGCCUGGUGUUACAAUCGGCGACGGCGUCACCAUCGCUGCCUGCUCCGUCGUCACGAGGGAUAUCCCGUCCUGGAGCGUCGCUAUGGGCACCCCGGCCCGCGUUGUCAAGAAGGUGAAGGCGCUGGACGACCAUCAACAGAAGUGA